GUAAUUACAUUAAAAUUUUAAUUGUCAAGUGGCGCUGUUGCAUGCUUGUGGUGGCGCUGCUCCAUGAACCUUUCUUUACGUUCUUGGCAGUCAUACUUCGCGUUGUUCUAAGCAAAGUACAAACUUUUAUAUCCAUUGUAAUAUAAAAGAUCCGUUAGGUUUUGUGUUAAAACGAUGGUUCAGAAGAAGCCCAAGAAGAAAGUAGGAAAGAAGGUGGCUGCUGCACCUUUGGCAGUCAAGAAGGUUGAACCCAAAAAACAAACCAAUCCUCUGUUUGAAAAACGUACACGUAACUUUGGUAUUGGACAGGAUAUUCAACCUGCUCGUGAUCUUAGUCGCUUUGUGAAAUGGCCCAAGUAUAUUCGUAUUCAGCGACAGAGAGCUGUAUUGCAAAAAAGAUUAAAAGUACCACCACCAAUUAAUCAAUUUACACAGACAUUGGAUAAACAAACAGCAACACAAUUAUUCAAAAUGUUGGAAAAAUAUAGACCUGAUUCAGCUCUUAUGAAAAAAUUGAAGCUGAAAGAGAAAGCUGAACAAAAAGUUCUAAAGAAAGAAGAUCCAUCAGUAAAGAAACCUAAUGUGUUACGCAGUGGAACAAAUACAGUCACUACACUCGUAGAACAGAAGAAAGCUCAGCUUGUGGUAAUUGCCCAUGAUGUGGACCCAAUUGAGGUUGUUCUAUUUCUACCAGCCCUCUGUCGUAAAAUGGGUGUACCUUAUUGUAUUGUGAAAGGUAAAUCGCGAUUGGGACUCCUUGUUAGGCGUAAAACCUGUACUGCACUAGCUUUGGUCCAGGUUGAUUCCGGCGAUAGAGCCAACUUCUCGAAAUUGGUUGAAGCUAUUAAGACAAACUUCAAUGAUAGAUAUGAUGAAAUCCGACGUCACUGGGGUGGUGGUCUCCUAGGCAGUAAAUCUGCCGCUAGAAUAGCUAAGUUAGAGAAAGCUAAAGCGAAGGAACUUGCACAAAAGCAGGGUUAACACCUACCUGCUUACUGAAUGUUGUUUAUUAAGUACAACAAUAAAAUACAAAACCAAA